AUGUUUCAAAAGCGAAUUUUUCCAAAUUUUGGGCGUGGUGCCGAAGCGUUACGUGCCUCGGUGUGUAAUCCCAACGAUCCAUUCGUUGCCUCGUCGACUCCCGUCAUGGACGUCGCCGUACUCAGGUAUCUCGAACCAUCCAAAUCAAGCCAAGAGGAGGAUCAUCUGUUCGAGAACCGUAUAUGGAUACCGGAUCCAGAAGUUGGCUACAGACUAGCAUCGAUACUUGACGACGGUCUAAACGAUGUACUGGUCGGAUUUCGAGAUGAGCAAGGCUUUUUUGAAAAGGCUCGUGAUACUCAGACAAAGCGUGUCCCUCGCGUCGAAUGCGAAGCACCGACACUGAACUCGCUAGCAUCGGAUCUUUGCCAACUCACAGAGCCAAAUGCUGCCACCGUGCUGGAUUCCCUAAAGAGGCGCUACCUUCAGAAUGUGAUCCACACGCACUGUGGACUGUUCUGCGUGGUUCUGAAUCCAUGGCGAGCUUUGCCAAUCUACACCACGGACUUGAUGUCCACAUACCGUACAGGAGUUGGCGACAUGCAUCCCCACAUCUACCUGGUUGCUCAAAGCGCCUAUGACGGAAUUCUCAGAGGUGGCCGCAACCAGUCGAUUCUUAUAACCGGGGAAUCAGGCGCUGGCAAAACCGAGAACACGAAGAGAAUCAUCGAAUAUGUGCUCGAAUGCUGCGGUAGCACUCCGAGUAGCUCGAAGCAUCAGCACACAAGUAAUGGCUUGACGAACGGUCAUGUAAAGGACAGUAGUUCGGUAGGAAGCGAUGUGGUUUCGUCUGGUGUGCUACUCGAAGCAUUCGGAAACGCUCGAACCACGCACAAUAACAAUAGUUCGAGAUUUGGCAAAUUCAUUAGGAUAGAAUUCGACGACCAAGGAAAGUUGCAGUCUGCCCAAAUUGAAUGCUAUCUCUUGGAAAAAUCUCGAGUUGUUAGCCAAAAUAGAGGAAAUAGAAAUUUCCAUGUGUUCUAUCAGCUGCUCUCAAACGCUUUCUCAAAAGAAAUGCGAAAACAGCUUUUGUUGACGAAGUCAGCAGAUCAGUACAAGUUUCUAAAUCAAGGAAAUGUAUCAUUUGAUAAGGAUAUCGAUGAUGCAGCUGACGGGAUUUUGACCAACCGUGCCAUGGACAAACUCGGAAUUACCAGUGACGAGAAAAUGGAAGUGUACAGCUUGGUAGCCGCGUGUUUGCUAAUUGGUGAAAUCAAAUUCGGAGAACGUAGCGGUCUCGACAUGAGCUAUGUGGACGGAAAAGCAGAAAUUGAUGCUGUGACAAAAUUACUUGGAGUGAAAUCUUCUCGUUUGAAUGAAGCACUCACAUCGCCAAGCAUCAAAGUCGGCGAGAGCGUGAUUCGGAAAAAUCAGAAUAUGCAGAAGACCGUAUUUUCGGCAGCAGCGCUGGCUAAAGUACUGUACGAACGCAUAUUCCGAUGGUUACUGGACAAAUGCAACGAAGCGAUUAGCGAGAACACGAGCAUGAUCGCAUCGUCGAUCUACAAUCGUUUCAUCGGUGUUCUUGAUAUCGCUGGAUUCGAAAUUGUUCAGAACAAUUCAUUCGAGCAGCUUUGCAUUAACUACACUAAUGAAAAGUUGCAAGCCUUCUUCAAUCACUUUAUGUUCGUUCGGGAACAAAGCGAAUAUCUCGAGGAGGGUAUACGAUGGAAACAAAGCGAUUAUGCGCUUGAUUUGCAGCCGACCAUUGAUAUCAUUGAAAAGCCACUUGGUUUACUAUCGCUGCUGGAAGAGGAAUGCGUGGUACCAAAUGGCUCCGACCAAUCCUUGCUCCAGAAACUCUGCACAAAUCUGGCAAAAUAUCCAGAAUUCAAGAAAGCCAAGCAUUCACAAAGGUGUCAAACUGUGAAACACUUUACUAUCAAACAUUACGCUGGCAGUGUUGAUUACAACAUCGACUCAUGGGUGGAGAAAAAUCGUGAUGUUGUCGAAAAUGCCGUGUUGGAAGUGAUGAGCGAAUCAACCAAAUCGCUUGUGCGGAAGCUAUUCCCGGCAGUUUCCAACGAGCUCACUCGUUCAAGGAGAGGAACUUUAUGCCAAUCUACAGUUUCGUUCUUGUAUAGGAAUCAGCUUAGCAGUCUACUCGACACAUUAUCCUCAUCUGCUGCGCACUUUAUCCGGUGUGUGGUGCCAAACUACGAGCGCAUGCCAAACAAAAUUGAUGGCCCUCUUGUCCUUAAUCAGCUCAAAUGCAAUGGAGUUCUGGAGGGGAUUCGCAUUUGUCGCGAAGGUUAUCCUUCACGACUUCCAUUUGCAGAAUUUGUCACGAGAUACAAUAUCCUCAAGAAGGACGCACCAGCAAACGGUUGGGGUGCCGCUGAGAUCUGCAAAGCAGCCCAUAUCGAUACUUCACGGUAUCAAAUUGGGCACACUAAGAUCUUCUGUAAAAUUGGCGUAAUUUCGGAUCUGGAGGCAAGAAGACGCGACUACCUCAAUAGUGUUAUUAUCAAUUUGCAAGCAAGGAUUCGCUUCUUAAAUGCACAACAGGAUCUUCGUCUAAGGAAGAAACAGCUGAAUGCUGUCCACAUCGUGCAAAACAACGUUCGAGCAUUCGCCGACAUUGCCGUUUGGCCAUGGUUCCGUCUGUUGGCACUUGAGAGGGACAAGGAACGGAUAAAGGAGCUGGAAGAGUUGAAUGCGAAGCUUGAGAAAGAAAAUGAAAAGCUUCGUCGAGAAAAUUUGAUAUUAUCAACGAACUGUGAACUUCUCGCGGAGAAAGUGGAAGAAGCAGAGCAAAGCGCAGAGGAAGCUCGAAUACUCAUUGAAAAGGAAGUUGCUGAGAAAAACAAGGAGAUACAAAAAGUGCGAUUGGAAAUGCAGCAAAAUGAGGAUGUCUUCGAUCUACUCGAGAAAAAAUACAACGAACAACAUCAGAAAGUCAUGAAAAUGAAUGAAUCACUACGAGAAUAUGAGCGAAAAUUGGAUCAAAUGGAUAUGGAGAAAGAGGAUCUUGAAAAAGAAGUCAAAAAGUUACGGGAGCUGUAUGAGAAAGAGAAAGCGAUCAGGGAUUUGAAGGAAAAGGAAUGCCAAGAAUAUUCCUCCACGAUAUCUGAACUCGAAGGAAGAAUCGAUAAACUAACGAAUGAAGCCAAUAAGUGGCAACUAAAAUUUGAAAAGGCUAUGUCAGAGGUAGAAGAUGAGAAGUUCCGUGCUGGAAAACAGUUGGAUACGAUUUCGGACCUGCAACGGACUAUAACGGAACUGAACGAACGAAUAGCCAGGCAUGACAACGCCAUGCUGGAGGAGAAGAAUUUGAGGCGCAAACUGGAAAGAGAACAAGAAAGAGCUAAGGAUGAACAAACAUAUGCUCAGGCUAUUUUGGCUAAAUUGCAACAGAAGUACGAUAUUUUGAAAGAGGAAUGUCGGCGCAAAGACCACCAAAUCAGCAAAUUGGAAAAGAAACUGGAGGACAAGGAAGUUGUUAUGGCUGACUGUAUGAAGGAAUUGAAAGAGCAACACAAGACUAGAGUUACCGAACUAGAGGAGAAGCUGGCCGACCUCAAACGGAAAAAUAUGAAACUGGAAUCCGAGAACAACUCGCAAAAGAUGAAGUUAGACUCAACAUUUGAGCGCGAAUCGUCAGUGGAUUCUGACUACGGUAGUCACAGGAGGUCAUAUUUGACUUCGACGACAACUGGAUAUAGUGAUGGAUAUAGAGGUCGCAGCAGUUCCGGUCGGCUAUCAAAUUCUGGUCGUCAGUACUCCCUCUCUUCAAUGUCUUCGUUCACUUCAGUCAGAACUCUGAACAGGAGAAUGACUGAUUCUGAAUUGAGCAGUUCCUUGUAUUUGCCAAGGCGUCGAGAGACCUCCCAGUACGACCUGUCAAAUUGUGGCCUACAAAGGGCACCAUCGACAAGCAAUAUAAUGGAAAAAGAGCGGAAAAUUGCAGAUUUGGAAAGACAGCUUUCACAAGCACACACGGAGCAGCAACUGGCGAAAAGGGAACUGGAAGUCUACAAAACAAGCCUUGGAUCACUUGAACAGGAAAAGGAGUCUCUCAUUAGACAGCAUCACAAUGCUGUAGCUAUCUCAGAAGACCUUCGCCGGCAGCUCGAAGCAGCUGAGUCAGCAGCCGAUGGUUUGGCAGAGAGACUGAAAAGAGCCCAGUCGGAUGCGGACAGUUGGAAGCGAAAGCACGAAGAAGCAGUGAAGGAAGCGAAGAAUGACAUUCUCAAUGAAAGGAAACGAACGUCCGACAAAUUGGCAGCUCUGCAGGCAGACUGUACGCGACGUGAGACCAAACGUGGGAUGAGUGAGACUGAGAGAGAACAACUUAGAGAAGAACUUGCUCGAGUACAAGUUCAGCUAGAUCGUGCUCACAACACUAUUCGAGAGCUGGAAACAAGUGUGCAAUCACAGGAAUCGUUGGGUGGAACUAUUGAAGCUCAAUACCGUUCCACUCUUAUGGAACUGGAAGCGUCAAGAGACGAGAAUUGUGCCCUCAAGGCAAAAAUACGUCGACAAUACAAACAAAUAGAGCUAUUAACCCAGCAAGACGAGACGAACAGUGCGAUGAACACUUUUCAUAAUAAACUCGAGAAGAUGGAUAUGAAAGAAGGGUAG